UCCUUCGCCUUUCCCGGGCCCCGCACCCACCCGCCGCCUGGGCGCGUGCGGGAGGCGCGGAGCGGCGCGAGCUCCGUGGUGCAGGGGCGGCUCUCCUGGCACCGCCAUGGCCCCAGCGGUCUGGGGGACGCUCCUGGGGCUGGCCUUGUGCAGCCUGUGUGUGGCGAGCAGCGCCACUUUACUCUACCACGACUACUGCAUCAUCGGUGCCGGCCCCGCGGGCUUGCAGGCAGCCUAUUUCCUCCAGCAAGCCAACCGGGACUACGUCGUCUUUGAGCGGAGCCACGCUCCCGGCAGCUUCUUCGCUCUCUACCCUCGCCACCGCAAGCUGAUCAGCAUCAACAAGUGGCACACGGGCAAAUCCAACAGCGAGUUCAACCUCCGCCACGACUGGAACUCGCUCCUCAGCCAUGACCGCCGGCUGCUUUUCCGACACUACUCCCGGGACUUCUUCCCCAACGCCGAUGCUAUGGUGCGUUACCUGGAGGAGUUUGCUUCCCUGUUGAAGCUGCGGGUUCAGUACAACACGGCCAUCAUCCACGUGACCCUAGAGAGGGACGAGCGGGCCUGGAAUGGCCACUACUUCCUCCUGACUGACCAGGACAGGCAGAAUUACAAGUGCAGCUCUCUGUUGGUUGCCACUGGGACGUGGGUCCCCAACGUGGUCAAUUUCCCUGGCUCAGAAUACGUUGAGGGUUAUGAGACCGUGUCCAUCAACCCAGAAGAUUUUGCUGGCCAAACUGUGUUGAUCUUGGGCCGAGGGAACUCGGCCUUUGAGACAGCAGAGAACAUCCUGGGUGUCACAAAUUUCAUCCACAUGGUGAGCCGGUCCCGUGUGCGCCUCUCCUGGGCCACUCACUACGUCGGGGAUCUGAGAGCAAUUAACAAUGGCCUGCUGGACACCUACCAGCUGAAAUCUCUAGAUGGGCUUCUGGAGGGUGACCUGGAAGAUCUGGCCAUUGUCAAGGACAAGAAAGGGAAGCUGCACAUCACACUCCGCUUCUACCUGGAGGACAGAAACAGCAGCACAGGCAUCGACUCCAUCACCCUCCCGCAGGAUGAGCUGGAUAAUUUUGCCACCCGUGCACCUUAUGACCGCGUCAUCCGCUGCCUGGGCUGGAAGUUUGACUUCUCCAUCUACAACAGAUCCCUUAGAAUGAUGCCAGGAAAAGGGAAUAUAAAGAAGUAUCCUCAGAUCAAACCUAGUUAUGAGUCCAGAGGCACUCGAGGGCUUUUUGUUCUUGGCACUGCUAGCCACUCUGUUGACUUCAGGAAAUCUGCUGGUGGCUUUAUCCAUGGAUUCCGCUAUACAACUCGUGCAGUCCACCGCCUAUUGGAAAACCGUCACCAUGGUGUCCCCUGGCCAUCCACAGUCUACCCUGUUACACAGCUGACCAAUUCCAUCAUCAAGCGGGUGAAUGAGGCCUCGGGCCUCUACCAGAUGUUCGGUGUCCUGGCUGACAUCAUACUGCUGAGAGAGAAUGCCACAUCAUUUGAAUACUUGGAAGAGUAUCCAGUUGGAGUCCUGUCUGAGCUGGAAAUGCAGACAGGGAGAAAGGCUCCCUAUGGGCUGUUUGUUGUCAUCAUGGAAUAUGGAAGGAAUUUCUCUGGAGCUGACAAGGAUGUCUUCUACUACAAUCGAGCCGUGGGAGAGGCACAGCAUGCCUGGCAGUCCAACUUUUUGCAUCCUGUUAUUUACUAUUACAAACGCCUCCCAACAGAGCGGGAGAUGAGUCUUCGUCCCCCAGACUGGCCUCUCCCUCGCCCAGAUGCUGUGCAUCACAUCGUGGAGGACUUCCUGACAGACUGGACGGCCCCAAACGCUCACAUCCUGCCUCUGAGGCGCUUUCUGGAGAACUGCCUCGGCACCGACCUGCGCAAUUUUUUUGCAGAGUCCUGUUUCCUGUUUGCCCUCACACGUCAGAAGCUGCCUCCCUGCUGUCAGCAGGGGUACCUGAGGAUGCAGGGCCUUCUAGGGAGUGAGAGGCUCCGGCGCCACGCAGCAGAAGCUGGCCUGCUGCAGGAUUACACUCUCACAGACUUCUCAGGGAACAGACCCCCUGACAGCCACACAGGGUCACAGGACCAGCUGCUGAGGGACCACACGGUGAGGGUUCAUCCCCUGCAGCAUCUUGUUAAUGCCAAGGAUGAGCUUUAAGCUGUCUCACUGCACACUGGGACCCAUCAGUGCUGUUGGUGACAAUGUUGUAAUGGAGAUCCACAGCAGGAUUCUGCCCUUUUCCUGGCACUUUUUCCAUCUCCAUGCCUUCUACUCAUCAUGAGUUACCAAAGACUUGCUCAGAUCUUGAUGUUACAAAGAGGACCAACAUGCUCUGGAGGAUAAGCAAGAGGCCAAAAUCUAGUGACGUUGAGGCCCUCAUGUUGUCUUUGCAGAGUUCAGAGUUACCUGAAGAUGGUGUUUAUCUCCCAGUCCAACAUCUGCAGUGACUUUCAGGAGUUACAGAAGAGAGUUCAGGAACACCUGGGUAACUUAAAAUGUUUUGUCCCCCUUCAGAGGUGACCUGCUCACACCCUGUGGCAGCCCAGUGCAGGCUGUCUGGAUGCCCUACGGGGUGUAUACUUGAAGGUGUGCUAAAUCCCAAAAUGGUGCUCCCAGCAAACUUCCUGGUAUUGUUUCCUGCAUUUGAGUUGGGGCAGUUGUGUCACUUGAGUAGAGAGACUGGUUUUUUAGUAACUAUAAAGGUGGGAUAAUGUGCAGUUUCCCACAAAGCACUACAAGGGACCUUUCCUUCCAUGGAGGAUGAGCAGCUUGCCUGGAGAGCCAGGGCUGCAGGGACUCAUACUGAGCUCUCCUCACGUUUUCCUUCCACCACACCAAGCAGCCUGAAAGGGGUUGCCCCUCUCUUUUAUAAAGCAUGACCAAUAUUUC